AUGCCGCGCUUUGCAUUGCGCAGACCUGUCCGAGAGGGAUAUAGAACCCUCUCGGACAGGUCUGCGCAAUGCAAAUAUCUCACCUGUCGUUGCACCUUUUAAAUUCUUAUCUGUACAGUAAUGUGAAAAAAAACAGGAAGCUUUUCUUUCCUCGACUCUCAUGACGCUGACGUCACGGGGAAUGCGGAGUACAAUUGCCUUGUUAGAAAUAAGUGACCUGAAAACAAACUGAGAGGCCACAGAGCUGCAGAAAAUGUUCAGUUUAUGCGGUUGCUGCUUCUCUGGCGAUAACUCCAACAACGAUGAGAGACGGCCUCUCCUGGAUCCCCGACGCUGUGAAGUCAGUGGUGCUGAAUCCGCCAGGCUGAGCCGUUCAUCAGCACACAGCGAUGCACAGACUGUGAGACGGAUUGGACGGCUGGUGAUGAGGCGAGUGUGCGUGCCAGAGCUGGAUCAGAGAUUUUUGGAGAUGGCUGAGACCUUCAACAAGCAGCAGGAAGGCUUCGAGGCCAUGGCGCAGCAUAUAAGAAACCUCCAGAAGAGCUGUGACUGUGCCCAUGAUGACACCCUCGCUUUUGCUCAGUGUUUGGGGAAGAUUAGAGAGGAGCAGGAACCAACGUACCAGGUCUCUCUUAAGAUGAAGGGCUACGACUUCUUCCUCAGUGCGGUUCCUGUGUGGUCUGAGGGCGCGGGUGAGGGCAAACCGCUUCCUCCUCGUCUGCAGAGGGCUCAGAAUGAACUGAAGGGUGCUUCUGACAGCGCCAGGAUCACCAUUUCAAAGGGGACCACCCUUCAAGAGCUUAUCGGCUGGUUGCUCCGUAGCCAUGAUAAAAUGGCUGAGCAAGUGAAGAAGGCAGCAGAAACUUUCCAAGAACAAGGGAGACUGAGUGAGAACCUGGAGGAGAACAUGAGGGAAGUGAGGAGGGCCAAAGAGUUGUCUCAAGGAUACAGACAACAGGCCGCGGCAGUUCUCACUGAGGCUGCACAGAUAGCAGGGGCUCCUCUGUAGUGCACACACCUUUCUAAAAGUUUUGUUUUAACCAACCACAAUGCAGAACAAGUACAGCAUUUCCAUGGGUUAUACUCUCCAGGUGUUUUGUAACAACUGAAAUGCUACAAAAGCUGUCCAUCUUGUUCACUCAAAAAACUCUGUUGUUGGAUGAACACAAUUUAGUCAUGGCACCUUUUUCCACGUGAUUUAACCAAGUACAAUAACCCAUUUUUGACCAUGUCAAACCAACACAUUUGGCAUUUGGUGGUUUAAUGUAAUGAAAUUAUGUUGGAUCAACGUAGUAUACUUGCAUGGACUUGAAGUGAUUUAUUUAAGUAUGUAAAGUGAAAUUUGUUUUAAUUCAUUCUACACAAGAUAAAAACUUUAGGAAAACAAAAUGAAAUCUUGUUGUUUGAACAACUACUUUGUUAAUCAAGGCAAUUACUGUUAGUCUUGCUUAACGAACCAAUAUGGGGGUUGAUGAUUUCAUCAAGACAAACAACCAUUUGCACUUACAUUCAUGGAUAACUUAGAAUCACCAAUUAACCUAACUCUAAUUACACACAGCAAACCAGCCAGAUUGUGGAUUUGAACGCGGGCCCUUCUUGCUGUGAGACAACAGCACUAACCAUCACACCACCAAGCUGUCAAUCCAGGCUUAACAAAACUAGGAAAGCUGUGAUUACAAGGCUUUAUGUAGAAUUCUCUGUACAUUUUUGUCCUUGACAGGUUAAACCACAAUAAAUAGCGAUAGCAUACACGUGGUGUGGGUGUAGUUGUCUGCCUCUUAAAACUCCAGCAAUUUUCCUGCAGUUUGACAUCUAAUGUGAUCUUGUGAAUUUUGUGAGUCCAGGCAACUAACCACUCUUACUAGAUUGUAUCAUGUCAUCUCAACAAGAACAAAUUAAGUUGCUGAAUUUCAUGCAGAUGCUACAUGAUUUAAUUACGUUCACCAUAGAAACAUGAAAUUAUUUAGUUCAAAUUACAAGUUUGAAUCUUGUACAUGUAACGACCACCCAAUUUCAUUUUUUUGAGUGUUCUCAUUCUUGGCAAACAAAUGGAUAGCCCUGUGAACAUACUUGUCUGUCAAAUACACCUUGACAAAUCUCCAUAAAUAUCCCCACCAAUCACACCAAGACUGUCAUAUCUCCUUAUAUUAUUUGAUUAGAAUAGAAACUUAUUCUAACACUUUAAAUAGGCCUUCGUGUUUGCAUAGCGAACAUAACGGGGACCUAUCAUUCUUUUCUGUUUUCUUAUUUUAUGUCAUUACAUUCUGUCACAUGUAUUGGUAGAGUGGUAGAUACUCAUACUUAACUUGGCUUAAAGUUCUAAUAAUGAUAAACUCUGCAUGUGUGUAACUAUCUAAAAGCCAAAAGCUCAAGCUUCAAACUGCUUUAAAAACUCAAUUUCAGACAUUUUUCUUUCUAGAUUUAGCGUUGUAUGAUCCAUAAGAGAGGUGAUAUCCCUAAUAUGGUCAUAGCUCUGCCCACCUGCUGUCCAAAACUUCUGUUUGGUAGGAAAGUCAAUCAAAUACAAACCCAAUUUCCAAAAAGUUGGGACUCUGUGUAAAAUAUGUAAAAUUCACGACAGAAUACAGAAAACAAAUGUUAGAACUGAGAUAGUGUGCAAUUUAAAAAUAAACUAAUUAUUUGAUAGCAGCAAAACAUCUCAGAAACAGAGCAGGGGAAAUAAAAUGCUACAAUAGUCAGAGGCACUAAAAAUAAAGAGAUGGAGGAAUAUUUUGCAACUAAUUAAAUUCACUGGCAACAGAAACUCCAUCUACAAAUUGUGGAACGAUUUCAGAAUGAUGUUCUUCAAUGUAUAAUUGUGAGGACUUUGAAUAUCUCUGUGUAUCUACAGUGCAUAAUGCCAUUAAAAGUUUCAAAGAAUCUGGAGAAAUAUCUGUGCACAAGAGACAAGGCUGAAAAUCUGAAUGCAUGGGAUUAAAAGCACAAUGCUGUCAUGGAAAUCACUACAUGCACUGAAAAAAAGGGAUUGGCCAGCUCUUGGAUUUACGUAAGCAUCUUGUGUGUAUUUAACACAAGUGCCUCAUGCUUUAAAGUUAAGUGUAACUAUAUAGUGUAGAAACUACAUGAUAUGCAGAGAGGCUAGAUUAAAUUGUUCAUAUCAUGUUCGAGUAAAGUAAGUCAAUAAUAUAGCAAUGUUAAAUUCCGCAACACCGCACGUGAGUUGAGUCUCGCGCGCUUUGGAUCGUGGUUUGAGGAAGGCAUCCAUCUCAGUCAAGUUGAGCAGCCGCCUCUA